CGGACAACUCGCCAAUACACAGUUUCUUCUAAUAAAAUUCUUUUUUAUAAACACAUAGUCCGUCAUCUGCACCGAUCCACCUCAGGUCACCGCUCCUCAGCUGCCCUCUCACAAAACCCCGCCUCCCGCCUUCGUCAUGGCGUCGUCCGUCGCGCAAAGGCGCCUAUUCCACGAAUACAAGAUGCUCUCCACCUCUCCGCCUGACGGGAUCACAGCUGGGCCCGUUUCCGAAGAUGACAUGUUUGUCUGGGAGGCUCUGAUCCAAGGACCUGAAGGCACACCCUUCGAGGGCGGCAUAUUCGCCGCGGAGCUCAAAUUUCCCAAAGACUAUCCCCUAAGUCCUCCCUCUAUGAAGUUUCUAGGCGGAGGAGUAUGGCAUCCAAACGUGUAUCCGAAUGGCUCGGUGUGUAUCUCCAUCUUACAUCCGCCCGGUGAUGAUCCGAACCACUAUGAGCAUGCGUCGGAGCGCUGGAGCCCGAUUCAAAGCGUGGAAAAGAUUUUGAUCAGCGUUAUGAGUAUGUUGGCGGAGCCGAACGACGAGAGCCCGGCAAACAUCGAGGCUGCUAAGAUGUGGAGAGAAAGGCGAAGCGAUUACGAGAAGAAGGUGAGAGAGGAAGUACGAAGGAGCUUGGGCCUCUGAUGCUUACUUCUUUUUGCUUACAUUAUGGGAAAAACUAUCUCGAUUUUCGGCAUUGCGCCCAUGGACAAACCUAAGAUGAUUAUUACUUCGACAUUGGCCGAGCGCUUUAGCCAGUACUUUUGUCUUUUACUUUUGUCUUUUCUUUUUCUUUUUUUUGGGUAAGGGAACUGCAUGUAAGGCGCUAGGAAAUGCAGAUUAGAAAGCGUGGAUACUGCUUUUCACCUGGGCACUUGAUAUCAUAUUUAAAUAAAUCUCAACCAAGCUGA